AUGGAACCAACAGCACUAAAAUCAUUGCUCUACAAUACAUCACCAGACGGGAAAAUUGCCUAUAUCACUCUAAAUAGGCCAAAGCAACACAACGCCAUUGACCAGCACAUGCCCCUCGAGAUACGCGCAGCAGUCCGGACCGCCAAUGCAAAUCCUAAUGUUCACUGUAUUGUACUCAAGGGCAGCGGUCGUGGCUUCUGUGGUGGGUAUGACCUCGACAUUUACGCCACAAGCGCUCAGCGCGGACAGACAGCGGGCAGCCAGGACCUCAGUAGGGGCUAUGAACCGUUUCUAGAUUAUAUAUCGAUGAAAGAAUGCACGGACUGCUAUUCUGAACUGUUUCACAGUUACAAACCAACAAUCGCGCAAGUCCAUGGAGCAGCUGUCGCGGGAGGAAGUGACAUUGCCCUGUGCUGCGAUCUUGUUGUCAUGGCGGAAGACGCGAGGAUCGGCUAUCCUCCAAGCAGAGUGUGGGGUUGUCCAACGACUGCAAUGUGGGCUUAUCGUAUUGGAGCGGAAAAGGCCAAAAGGAUGCUCUUCACGGGUGAUCUCAUUAGUGGCUCCGAGGCUGCGGCCAUGGGGCUUGUUCUCAAAGCUGUGCCACACGCGCAGCUGGAGGAGACGGUUAAUCUUCUCACAGAGAGGAUCAAGAGUGUUCCCAUCAAUCAACUGUGGAUGCAAAAGCAAGUCAUCAACAGUACGAUUGAAGAAGCUAUUGGCUCGAGUCAAAGGCUCGCGACUAUCUUUGACGGUAUCACGAGAAACUCGCCAGAGGGCGUCAAUUUUCAGCAGCUUGCCCAGCGAGAAGGAUUUAAAGCGGCAGUAUCAGCCAGGGACAACCCGGGAAGAACUGAGGAAUACAGAAAAAAGUGGAAGAGUGUGCUGUAG